AUGAGAAUAAUAAUGCAGGCAUUUGUUUUAGUUUUAAUACUGUUUGAAAGACAGGCGUUCGCCAGGGACCAUACUUUGGUCCAUUUCAUAAAAAGUUACGUUCAAAAUGAAGAGAAACCUACUAUUUUGAUUAUGAAUAAUCUUUGUUGGGAGAAAAAGGUAAUGGUAAGAUUAGCAAAUGAAAUGUCUAAAAUCGGAAGCAGGUCGUCCACAUCAAUGGGCGUAGAUUCAAGAUACUAUUACCAUGAUUUUCUAUACCUGCUUGAUCUGGAUUGUCCAGGAGCUGAAGAUAUUAUUGCAUUGGCAACAGCAAGAAACCUUUUUCGUUCGCCAUACCGCUGGCUGGUGAUCACCGCCUGGUCUAAGAACGCUAACAUUGCCGCUUUAUGGAACAGUCCCGUGCUAGCAGACAGUGACUUGGUACUGGCUGCGGGGAGUGGUGGUGUUCUGAAACUGGUUGAACUCCACAAACCGUCUCCUAACGGCACCAUGAUCUCAACACUACGCGGCUUCUACAACGGCAGUCUAUACGACGUGAGGCCUCACCGGGAGCUGUUCCGAAGACGCCGUGACGUCAUGGGCCAUACCAUCACCAUGUCUAACGUUAUUCAAGAUAGUAAUACCACGGUUUAUCAUCUGCCGAGAGAGGAUGGGAUGGAGCCUCAAUACGACUCGAUAUCAAAGAUCUGCUGGAUGAACGUGAAGCUAGCAUUCCAAAUGUUAAACGCUACUCCAGGGUACGUGUUUAGCUACCGAUGGGGAUACAAGGUCAACGGCAAGUGGUCUGGCAUGAUAGAUGAUAUCCAUUCUGGGAGAGCUGAGUUGGGUACAAACUGCGUAGUAUCAGACAUAGAGCGUUUAGACGUGGUUGCCUACACUGACCGUCUAGCUCCCUUCAGAGUUCGCUUCGUAUUCCGACAGCCGCCUCUGCCGUAUGUCGCGAAUAUAUUCUCCAUGCCUUUCUCUAAGAACGUCUGGAUCGCCAUGUCUGUGUGCGCUGUGUUGAGUACGGUGACUGUGUAUUUAGCGGCUAAAUGGGAAGCUAAGGAAGGCAAGGGUCCGACACAAUUGGACAGCAUUGGUGAUGCGAUGCUGUUAACGUUUAGCGCAAUAGGCCAGCAAGGUUGUGUCAUGGAGCCCAGAAGACUAUCAGGUCGUAUGAUGGUGUUUGUGCUGUUCACGGCGCUAAUGGCGCUGUACGCGGCGUACUCCGCCAACAUCGUGGUGCUGCUACAGGCGCCCUCCGACUCCAUCCGCAGCCUGCCGCAGCUCGCCAACGCUAAGAUCACCCUCGCCGCCAACGAUGUGGAUUACAAUCAUUUUGUGUUCAAACUCCACAAAGACCCGGUGCGUGAAAUCGUUUACAAGAGAAUAGACCCAGAGAAAGGAAAGAAACAUUUCUACGAUCUCAAUGAAGGAGUCGAGAGAAUUAGACAGGGUCUGUUCGCUUUCCACUCGAUAGUGGAGCCGGUAUACAUGAGGAUCGAGCAGACGUUCCUGGAGACGGAGAAGUGUGAUCUCAUGGAGGUGGACUUCCUCAACAGCUACGAUAGCUUUGUGCCCGUGAGGAAGGAGUCGCCUUAUUUAGAGCUUUUGAGGGUCGUUUUCAAACAGAUCCGCGAGUCCGGUAUCCAGUCAGCCCUAUCCAAGCGUCUCCAAGUGCCGAAGCCGCACUGCACCAGCAAGAUGUCCUCGUUCAGCAGCGUGGGGCUGAUGGACAUGAAGCCUGUGCUCAUACUCAUGCUGUACGGCGUCUGUCUGUCCGUCACCAUCGCUGCUGCCGAGAUCCUUGUGUUUAAACUGAGCGAGCAUCGAAAAAAGUACAAAGUGGAGGCAACGGAUGAUCUACCAUCACCAUAAAUAUUAUAUUUCUUUUCUUUUAUUCACUGUAGUGUUUAGUAGGUACAUAAACAAUUUUUCCCAUUUUGUAGUAUCUUGUAUUUCAAAUAAGGAUGAAAAGGUAAAAUGAAACAAAGACAGCCGUUAAAGGUUAAUUUAAUUGUACUAGCUAGGUUCAAAACAUUUUAAAUGCUCAUUCAUAAACCAAAACCGUACACAAAGCAAGUAGCACACCGAAAUAGUAAUAAUGUUGAAAAAUGCACAAAAAUUAAAAUAUUCUUGAAAA